UCCUCAUCGUACCAUACCUGCUGCAUCGAUUUGCUGUUUGUGUGAUUCACUUGGGUGCAAACAUCCUCAUCAACAUCAUGGAUGCUAAGUGUCUUGUGUCUCUUGUGGUAGUUCUCAUGGUUGGGGUGUAUGGGACCCAUGGGCAGGAUGCCAGGGUGAAGCUGUGUGGGAGAGAGUUUAUCCGUAUGGUAGUCACAUCGUGUGGGAGCUCCAGACUGAGGCGCUCCACUCCGGAGCUUGGACAACACCCCGUCAACCACCACAGGGUAAUUCUGGAUUGGCUGAACAGCAAUCAGUUUUCCAACCUGAGGACUUCAGAGACUGGUGAAGAUGUGUUGACACAGCAAGAUGACCAGGACUCCACAGAGAGUAUGACAGAAGACCAGCAGACCCAUCCAGGGUUUCCCAGCACAAAGCAGGUCCAGGGGGACAUGGAGCCUUCAACCGUCCCUCUGGGGUACACCGUGUCCUCCCGUACCCGCCGAGACGUGGGGCCUGCUGGGGUGUGCUGCCGAUCCGGCUGCACCAUGAGCGAGCUGGUCCAGUAUUGCUAAGCUAAAGCUAAUGCUAGACUAAUGCUAGGCAAGAAUAACAUUUCACAAGGAAUUGUUGGUCAGCCAUUGCUUGGUUAGCCAUUGGAAUGAUGGAAUAGGUUAAAAUCAGAUUUAUUUACAUUGGUUGGGAUGUUUGAAGGGCCAUUUUGCAGUUGCCAAACCUUUGCAUUAGAGCUAAUGCAGUUAGUUCUACAGAAAUGUUCAUGUUGUUUUCUUGAUAUCAUGAAUUGUGUGUUAAUCUAAUCAUUAGAGUAUUGUUGUGGAAGGACUUGUGUAAUGAUAAAACCUAGAUGGAAAGAAUGUUGUCGAAAGAGGCUUUAUUUAUCAUAAAAAUAAUUUGUAUUAUUUAUCACAUUAAUAUUAUACUUGAUUCUCACCUGCACAAUGAAGGACAACAAUGAAUGCCAAAUGAGAGUUGUCAAGAAACCUUCCUGUUCAUCUUGAAACACAAUGUAAUAAAGCUUUUGAAGAUCA